UCUGAAAGAUUCCAAGUCCAAUGCGAUGCGAAGCAUAUGGAAAAUCAUUUGAGGACUGUAAAAAACCAGUGGCAGAUUAUAUGCAAAAUUCGAGGUGAAAAUGGUUUUAGAUGGGAUGAUAACAUGAAAAUGAUCACAUGUGAUAGAGCGACAUAUGAUGCAGCAGUGAUGGCACACAAGAAGUAUGAACCAUUUUUAAAUAAAAGCAUUGAUCAUUAUGAUGAAAUGGCUUUGGUUGUUGGCAAAGAUAUGGCAACAGGGAGUUUUGCCAGAACAUUUGCUGACAUAGAUUUGGAUGAUGGUAACCAAGAUUCAGUGUCUGUAGACUGCGACAAUGAAGAGGCUGAAGAGGUAAGAACAAAUGUAUCUUCAUCUGGCACAUCUAAACGUAAAAGCAAAAAUGUUCAAGAAAGUGUCGUUGAUGAACAAAUUAAAUUUGUGGGUGAACAACUUGGCAAAAUUGCUAAUGCUUUGGAACAAUUUACUGCGGAUAAGACACCACAGCUUUACGAACAAGUGAUGUCGAUGGAGGAAGAAGGAUUUGAUGAUGACUUCUUGUGUUCUGUGUUUGAUUAUCUAGUGAGUCAUGAAUCCGAGGCCAAAGCUUUUUUAGUUAAAAGUAAGAAGCAUAAAAAAAUUUGGCUUUAA